UCUAUAUAAUGGUAAACACACAUCCCAUUUCUUAAGUGGACAAAAAACACAUCAAGAAAUAAUACGAUGAACAUAUUUGAGCUUAACCAAGCAACAUUUGUGUUGUUAUUAUUAGCAGCAACACUAGCAACUGUGAGCUCAGAUUUCAGCAAGGACAAGGCUGAAUGCCAAGAACAACUAAUUACCCUCUCUUCUUGCCUCAACUAUGUAGCAGGCGAGGCGAAAGCGCCAUCUCCUCAAUGCUGUACAGUCUUGCAUAAGAAGCUAAAUGUGAGCAAAAAGUGCCUCUGCAUACUUGUCAAAGAUCGUAAUGAGCCUAGCCUUGGCCUCAAGCUUAAUGCAACUCGCGCUCUUAUGCUUCCUUCAAUAUGUCAUACUCCUUCUAGUUCCUUGGUGUGCAUAGGUCUCCUUCAUUUGGAUCCUAAAUCUCCCGAAGCUCGAGUUUUCGUUGAAUUAGCUAAUAGUACUCGAGUUGAUGCAGUUGAUGAUUCCCCUGUCAGUCCGAGGACCAAUGGUGGCAAGCCGAGAAUAUUGCAUAAGCUGAGGAUAUACGAUGCACUCUUACUUUGGUGUUUGAUCAUUUUAGUGUUUCAGUUGAAUCAAUAGAUGAGUUGAUGAUGUUCACAUUGUUAGGUCUCCUAGUAUAUUUUAAUGUUUUAAUGUCAAAGCUAAGAACAUGGUAUAAUAGUGUCUUAGUAGUAAAGUGAUAUGAAAUUUUAUUUUAGUUCAAUAAUAAUAUACCUUUCACAUUACCAAAUAUUCCAUACAGAGAAAAUUUUAUAAGAUAAGCUUACUAUAUCAUUGGAGCAUUAGAUAAAUGAACCUCCAUAGUCAAAUGAGUGCAAAUAAAAUGUAACUAAAAUUCAAAUAUUAUGAA